ACAGCAGCAGCAGUGGCGGCGGUACCCGUCCCCCACCCUCCCAGCAAAGGCAAGGGUAAAGCCCUUGCUCAUGAAGCCUCCCAAGCACGCGGGGGGGCAGCUCCAGCAGUGCUAUCCUCUCAAAUAGGUGAGGGGUCAGUACCAGCAUCAACAGCACCGGCAAUAUCAGCGGCACCAGAGGCCGCAACAGGGGCAGCAACACCGGCACAACUCGCAGCAGCAGCAGCGGAAGUAGCCGCCGCCGCGGGGGCGGCAGCGGCGAGACCAGCAGCAAGCGGAGGUCACGACCGCGGAGCGCGCCAACAAGGACGAGAAGGGGGGCUGAGCGGCCGUGAAGGAGGCAGAGGAGGGGGGAUGAGCGGCCGUGGGGGAGGUGGAGGAGGGGGGCAUGGGGCAGCAGCGCCAGGUCGUGGAGCAGGAGGUGGGGCUGGAGGAGCCGCCGGUGGAGGGGCCGGCGAUACUUCAACAUCCAGUGCGCAGGAACGCUUCUUUCAAGAAGUGAAGGACAAGAUCGACCGGAGUAUCACCCUUGAGGAAGGUGGUGUGAAAGGCCGGUUCCCGUUUGACAACCCGCUCGUGCGUCCGAAGUGUGCCACUUUUCAGCCAUCACCAGGAUGUGGGGGCAAGGGCGCACCUGAUGGCUGGAACCCUAAGGGGCCACGCCGGGUGUUCACGGAGCACGACGUGGCGUACGUGAUGGAAUUUCGGUACAAGUGUGCGAAGUGCGCGGAGUUCAAUAAAGGCAAGCAGGAGGCGGAAAAGCACAAGACGAGCUUCAACGCGUGGGAUGCUGGGUGCCUCCGGCGUCUCCCGGAGUACAUCUCCAAGGAGUUUCCUUUCCUUCUCACCAAGCGAUCGGGCAUUGAGAUUUGCAUGGUGAACCGGCUUGCAGAUGAUUUGGUGCAUGGGAAGGACUUCUCCGCUGCUGCCAAGAACAUUCGUCAGGCGCAUACGACCAAGUUCAUGGUGGACCAGCUGAAGUACACCUCUCUGGUCAACACCCGGCGGACCAGCUCGGGCAUCUUCCGCUCGGCCAACCUCGCCAACACUCCGGAGAGGUUCGGCAGCUUUGACGACUCGACAAAGUACGGCGGUGCGGUCCCGUCGGAGCACUAUUUGCGGGACGUGUGGCGGUUGUAUUUCCCGAAACUCCCCGUGCUGGAGGUGGAUAGUGUGGAUUGGACCCUGGAGGAGUAUCAGCACCGCUUGAUGCAGCGCUGGGACGGAGACAUUCUGGGUGGGGACGCUUCGUUUAAGUUUGCGAAGAUCAUCCGGCUCGGGGCAAAAGCGGGCGAGGAGCGCACAAGACCAGUGUACGGCUUCUUCACAGUCUUCAACGAAUAUGAGCAGCUUUUUUUCAUGCGAUUCGUUCGCAAUGGCUUCAAGGUUCCUACUCUGUGGAACACAGAUGACUGCUGUGAUGACCGUCAACUGCUGCAACGCAUAUUUCGCGAGUUUGAGGAGGUAACGGGGAUCAGUCUUUAUCUGGAAGACGAGGUGGACGCCGGAGUUCAGUUGGAGCUCCUGCCACAGCUGGAUCUGGAGUUCACCCCUGCCAUCGUGUACGACCCGGAGGCGGUAGCCGCUGCCUGCGGCUCCUUUGUUUGCGGCCUACGCCACUUAUUUAUCCGGUGA